UGUAAACAAAGCUGACAGCUAUUUAGUUAGCUGUUAACUACAUCCGAAUGGAUGCUGUACCAGUCGUGUAAAACAGGCUAGUUAUUUGCCGAUAUCGUGUAUUUAUCAAUAAUACAGCUAACCAUUUUGUUUUAUAUAAAAAUCGUUUCGUUGAAAUCGAUAUUUUCCCUUGCGUUUGCUCACCAAGCUGACGUUAGCUGCCUUCCUUUUUCUUGUUAGGAAAAGGCUAACGUUUGCACAAGGACGUUAGUGCUAGCGUUAACGCUUGCGAAGUUAACGUCAAAUCGAGUAUUAUUACCCGAAUUCAACGGAUUGUGAGUGAACAGCAGUCCCCGGUUCUUGUUUUUCGACUGCAUUUGCUGUCUGGCGGCAGAAAGAGCGAGAGUUCGUCCAUUUUGGCAGGACAACAAUGUCUACAUCCAACGCUAAUUUCAAAAACAAGUGUGUGACACAGGUGAACUGCAUCUUUUGUGACAGUCGGCUUUGCACGAGAGGCAUGAAAGCAGUGCUUCUUGCAGACACUGAGGUUGAGCUUUUUUCGACUGAUAUACCUCCCAAUAGAACUGUUGACUUUGUGGCCAGCUGCUACUCUACUGAAAGCUGCAAAUGCAAACUGAGAGACAUCGCAUGUCUCAAGUGUGGUAAUGUUGUGGGCUAUCAUGUUGUGGCACCCUGUAAACCCUGCCUGCUCUCCUGUAACAACGGCCAUUUCUGGAUGUUCAACAGCGAUGCCGUAUCUACUCUCAACAGACUAGAUGUGACCGGUCUAAAUCUGCUCCUGUGGGGAGAUCUUCCUGAACUGGAUGAGAGCGACAACGAAGAGUCAGAAAGCCCAUCAGAGGAGGAGUGUAUUAGGUAGAGAGGGAAACGGACAAUGCGAGAGACCUGGAACGCCAACAUUUGAGGUGGAGCUGGAAGAGUGAUUAAACCAUGCUUAAGAUGAGACAGAAAAGAGACGUUUUAAAGGGGCAUUUUAAUAAUGAAACAAAUCGGGCAGAAAAGUGCUGUUUGUGCUGCUCAGCAUGGGUUGAAAGCUGAAACCAUAGUGCACCUCUGCCCACACCCCGAUCAGUGAGGUCACAGCAGGUGUUUUGCCUAUGACCGCGGAUGGAGAACACCUGCUGUGACCUCACUGAUCGGGAUGUGGCCAGAAACACAACAUGCUCCAAAGUCAGAACCCACAGAGAACAGUGCGGCACACGUUUCUCGGCCCAAUGUCAUUUAGUGUUGAAUUACACUUUAACCUGUGACCAUUCCUUUCCCCAUCACUUUCCACCGUCAAAAGCACAGACGCACAAAAUGUUGCACAUAUUCUUUACUCUCUUUUUCUCUUCUUUGUAUAUUUGCAUGGGCUACUGUAAAACACGUGGCUGAAGUAGACCGAAAACAACAACAAACAACUAGACUCCUUAAUCUAGUGCAUUCUACUUUUCCUCACGGAGCUCAUGCUUUUGAUCGGCCUCAUGAGAAGUUGGGGGUGUGGUAUGAUAAGUCCAUGGAGCUUAUCAGCGAAUGCUGUGCUUUUCUUUUCUUUUUUUACCGCUGUUAAAGUUCAGUCCAAUUUUUAGAUAAGAUGACCACAAAAUGCUUACCUUCAUUUUAAUGGCAGUAAUAAUCUGUACAUUGAAUAUGCUGUAAUAAGCAAAAACUUAUGUCUUAAAGGCUUAUAUUCUCUCUGUGUGGCUGGGUGCUGACUGAAAGCUGGAGUGCUUUUUGAAUCCUUUGGUAUUGGAGAAAUAGCACAAUGAUUGAAUAAUAUAAAUAAAUAUAUUUAUUAUUGUUAUUUGAUUUAAUUUUGACGAUCUGAUGUUCCAUCAGUGAUACACUUUGAUAUGCUUAUACAGUGUUUGUUACACACUUGAUGGCAGCAGUAUGAAUAUGACUGUAGCAGUAUCUGAUACUAACAUACUAACUUAUGCAUAGGGUGUGCUUCCACAAAGGCCUGGAGCAGCUGAAUCUGAACGUUUAGUUUCUUGGUAAGAGCUCCAAUCAAGUAAUACAUUCCCAGAUUGAUGAUAUAGGAAAGUUAGAAGGGGAGCUAACAAAGGUGCACUUUUGCAUCGAUGUGGAUCAUUAAGCAAAAUUAUGAAAACAUGAGUGCUGAAUGGAUUUCUGUGUCCACGCUCUGUUUUUGUUACAUUACUGUUCAGUUUCAUGUAGCAGCAUAAUUGUAGCACCUGCAAAGAAGAAAAAGUAAACUCCAAAGAAUCACGGAACAUGUCAGUAUUGAACUUAUGGACCGGCUACCCCAAAAAACAAAAAAAAGAUAGUUUUGUCAUUUUAGGCCAUGUUAUUGAAUGGCAUUUGAACAUUUUAAGUAAUCUGUUGUGAUGUUCAGCUGAAAUCAGUGGAGCUGACCAUAAAACUCUUAACCCUCAAUAUUCUAUUGGCCUUACUGAUGCUGUGAUUGCUGACAAUGAACCUUAGUUAAGCUGUGGACUCGAGGUGGAUGCUGUUUGUUAGUUGGUCAUCACCAACUCAGCCUGUUGUGCCUGUCACAAGGUUCAACAUCCUCCAGUCACAAGCGACUUUACUCAAGUCAGUCCUUUUUUGGCAGUGCCAUCCUUCUGCUCCUGUUAUUGUUUCACUGCUGUGCCCUGCGGAUACUAUGAUCCUGUCUUAAAGUAACAGUCCUUCUGUGAGUGAAUAAGAUUUGCUUGCAUUGUUGGUAAACAUAUAAUUUCCCUUCUUACCUGAAGGAAAAGGAUAAAGGAAGUGGGUAUUUUUUAACUUUAAUCGACCUCUGUGUUUAUCUAUGCUAUAGCCUUUAGUUUAGUAAAAUACAGAGUAGGAAAAUAAUGUCCCGAUUUUCACGUCCUUCACCAUAAAGUCAUAACUGACGGUCUGAUACACUUGCACACCAAAUACUGUUUAUGUGGUAAACUGAUAGGAUACAGUUAAGCAGCUGGGUAUUUAUUAAAUCCACAAAACCAAAUAUCUAUAACCACAUACUUCCUUUUUUUUUUACAAAUGCAUUGGUUUGUAUUGUGCUACAGUACUUAUGCUUUUUUUUGUUCAGGUAUUUAAUAUUUCAUUUGUGGUGUAGUGCUUUGAUUUGUAUAUUAAAGAUUGGAUGUGUACAGUUUUACCUCGAGAAGGUAUCACCUGCGAGCUUCCUCUGGCUAGGACAAUUGUCAUGAUAAUCAUAAACACAUUUAUUUAAAUGGCUGUUUCUGACGUGAAUAACUUUUAUUAACAUGACCUGCUGAAAAGGUAUAUUUUGGAAUUGCACUGAAACUGCUUUGGUAGUUUGAAAAAAAUGAUUUGUUGUUUUGUAUGCUUGUAAAUUAAUAAACUUUUUUUUUUUUUUCAAAAUA